UAGUUUGAGAUGUUGAUGGGUGACCGGACCACAAAGGCGAUUUUUCUUUCAGUCCGUCUGAGGUGUUUGGUGAACCACUUGAAGGAGCUGCAAGCCUCUGAUGAUUCUUCACACAUCGCUAAGACCUCAUCAUGCAGGAAGCCGAUCACUCAGCCUGACAGUGUGACAGUGCUGAUGCCCGCCUGCUGCACCAUGAGGGCUAAAGCCUCAGACAUGCACAGCAAGGACUGUGUCAAAGUGGCCGUCAGAGUCCGACCGUUCAACAAGCGUGAGAGGGAUGCAGGCAGCCGCUGUAUUGUCUCCAUGGUGUCGAGCUCCAUCACCAUCCAGGACCCCCGGGACUCCCAGAACCGCCGCUCGUUCUGCUUCGACUACGCCUACUGGUCCCACAGCGGCUUCGCACAGGACCGCUGUGGCCUCUUCGUGCCUGAAGAGCCCGGGGGACGAUACGCUGACCAGGACAGUGUGUUCCAGGACCUGGGAGAGGGAAUACUGGAGAAUGCUCUGCAGGGUUACAAUGCCACACUGCUGGCCUAUGGGCAGACGGGCUCAGGCAAGAGUUACUCGAUGGUGGGCUACGGGCCCAACAAAGGCCUGGUUCCUAAACUCUGCGAGCGACUGUUUCAGGCCAUCAGAGAAAACCAGGAGAGCAGACAGUGUCAGGUCUUUUUCAGUAUGUUGGAAAUCUACAACGAGCAGGUGGUUGACCUGCUGUCUCGGGGGUCUCGCACUCCGGGGGGGCUCAGAGUCAGAGAGGAGCAGCAGAGAGGCUUCUAUGUGGAGGGCCUCCGAACAGUCCCGUGUGAAAACGCACCACAGGUGGAGCAGCUGAUGGAGCAGGGGACCAGGACUCGAACCACCGCUGCCACUCACAUGAACGCCAACAGCAGUCGCUCUCACAUGCUCAUCAUCCUCCAGCUCAAACAGGACACCGCCCUCAGGUCUCUUCGGGCAUUUGUCGGUGACAUUACUGUGACUUCCUGUCAGAUCUUCUCCAAAGAGAGCAUCACAAAGCAGUCCAACAUCAACCUGGUGGACCUGGCUGGCAGUGAGCGUCAGAGGUCAUCGGGGUCGGAGGCCGACAGACUCAAAGAGGGCACGGCCAUCAACCUGAGCCUCACCACCCUCGGCAAUGUCAUCAGCUCCCUCGCUGAUGUGGCGGUUGGGAAGAAGGUCGUCCAUAUACCCUACAGAGACUCAGUCCUCACCAAGCUGCUGCAGUCUGCACUGGGAGGCAACAGUCGCACUGUUAUGAUUGCCACGCUGAGCCCUGCUGAUAUCUGCUAUGAGGAGUCUCUCUCAACCCUGCGCUACGCUGAGAGGGCGAAGCGUAUCCAGAACCGAGCUGUGGUGAAUGAGAGCCCCACAGAGCGCCUGGUCAAAGAGCUGAAGGCCGAGAACGCCAGACUGUUGCAGCGACUGAGCCGGCUGGGCCAGGAGGGCCGCAGGGCCAACGACGAGACCAAGGAGCUUCGGCAGCUGCUGACCCACAAUGAGCUCCAGAUUAGAGCCAUUCAGACUCUGUGGGAACAACACCUGCAGGAGGCGCUGAAGGACUGGGAGCAACAGUACGCCAACAUCACACAGGAGAGGAGGAUGAUGCAGAUGCAUCCCUACAUCCUGAACAUCAACGAGGAUGCUCAGCUCUCCGGCGUGGUCAAGCUUUUCAUUCAGGAGGGUGAAUGGGACAUUGGUCUGUGUGACUCUUCCCCAAGAUCCAUCUCUAUCAAGGGCUUAGGGAUCCAGGAGCGUCACGCUGUCUUCAGGAACGAACAGCGCCGGGUCACAAUGACCCCGCUGGAAGGGUCAAAGGUCAUUGUCAAUGGCAAUGCUGUCUCCCAGACAACUGAGCUGCAGCACCUGGAUCGUCUCAUUCUCGGCUCCAACUGUACCUACCUGUUUAUUGGUUAUCCCUCUGAGAGGGGCGGGGACGACUGGAGCCGCUACGACUACGACUACUUCCAGUCUGAGCUGGCUGCUGCUGAGGGCAUCCACCUGGGUGAGUCCAGUGCCGGGUCCAGUCUGACUGACCCCAGCCUGCUGGCCGUCUUCUACGACUACAUCAAACUGAUGCCCAUGAUGGCCGAGGCCAACCAGAUGAGCCAGGAGCUGAACAAGGAGGUGGAGUUUAAGUUGGAGAUCAAGAAUUUGGCACUGUCAGAUUCAAAAGGUCACGAUCUGAAGAAGGAGCUUGUCGUCAGGGUCACUGCUAAGGGAAGAAAACAGGUUUGGAUUUGGUCCAAGGCCAAGUUUGUGAACCGCAAAUUCCUGAUGGAAGAUGUCUACCAGCAGCAUCAGGCUGAGAAGAGUGGAGGAAAUAGAGCAGAGGUGCUGUCUGCAGCCGCUUUACCCAGAGACAAAGACCCGUUCUGGGAUCCUGUGGAGCCUCUGCUCCUGGGCACCGCUCACCUCUGGCUUCAGUCUUUGGCCUUCCGCAUUCCGCUAGAAGAGCAGCUCGAGGUGCUGGGGUCAGAGGGCACAGAGGAAGCCAUUCUACAGGCACAGCUGGUCCCCUGCACCUCCACUGGACUCCCUCUGGGUGAGGAUGACAUUCUUAUUGACCCGUCUGAGUUGCUGGGUCGACGACUGGACUUCCAGCUGGUCCUGGAACAGUGCUGUGGCCUGCGCUGGAUCAGAGAGGCCCGCAACAGAGGGGUCCAGAUUGGUUUCAGGCUGUUUGACUGCAGCCAGCCUCUGUACACUCCAGCCGUGUGGCACAAUGUCAAUCCUCUGUUGGAUCACAGAGUUCACUUCGCCUCCCUCCACACCUCCCAGCGUCUGCUCGACUACCUGCAGAGCAGCGCUGUUGUGCUGGAGCUGUGGGGGCUGCAAGAGGGUUGCACAGACCUGACAUCAUCUCUGGAGGGAGUGAAGAUGACUACAGAUGGUGUCUUCAUCAUGGAGGAGGCAGGACCAACAGACACCUCACCCGUAGACUCCGCAGAGCUCAGCUGUUCAGUGAGAGCUCUUCAACAGGACCUGGAGGAACUGAAGAGCGUCAACGCUUCACUGAGAAAAGAAAACCACAGUCUGAGAGAACAACUCAACACAGCCAGGAACGGUGGGGAGAGUGUGCGCGGCCGGUCGGUGCGUCCCAGCUGCGAUGCAGAGUUCGCUCGCUCCCUCAAGGUUUUCUACCACAGCAUGACCUCGGUCAGGGGUCAGCUGCAGCGCCUGCGCAGGCACAGGCCCAGCGAGGACUCGGACCUGCUCGGACUGAGACUGUUUGUGGACGAGCAGAGUCGCCUGCUGAGAGACUUCUCUGAGAAGCUGGAACAGAGCGUCUCCACACUCAAACAAGACGUGGCCGCCAUUGUCCGCCGGAAACGAGAGCGGUCGGGAAUCUGGUCUUGACUGACUAACUGUUUUGUGAAAGUAUCGGGUUGUUCUUUAUUUUACAAAACACUAAUGAAGAUUUUUCUAGAUGUUAAGUGUGUGUUGGGUGAAGAUAAUUGAAUGUGUUAAUUAAAAAAGUUUCAUGAAAGCAUGACAGAUACUUUUAACUUGUGUUUUACGUUGAUUACUGAGAUGAGUUACAUUAUAGAAUGAGGGUACAUUACAGUUUCAAAGAAAUAAUUUACUGACGGGGCAGCAAUCCCUUUAUUCUGUAAACAGUAGGCGGGGCUUAAACUACUGUUGACUGUGUUUUUUAUCACAAGAGGAAGAGAACUUUUUACUUUAAAUGCAUAAACUUCUGUCAGUUGCCCAAUGGAGAUUUUCCUUCAUCACGUGAAUAGAUAUUGACACAUUUAAUGUAAAAGUACAUUAUUUGAACCAGAUACUCAUUUCAGCAGAGAACUUGCUCAGCCCUCAUUUUAUAAUUCGAUGCCCGAACCACCAACAACAUAAUCACCUGGUGAGGUAGAAACUGAGUCAACAAGAAUAAACACGUUCGUCCAAUGUCAUCACAGAAUAACAAAAUCACAUAAGUCUAUAAAAAGUUUAUUAGACUGCAUGUAAGAGAAGUCAUUACAGUCCCAAACUGCAAAUAAAUUAAAAGGCAAAUACAACUCAAGUUUCAGAAUUCACAAUAUUAUUAUGCUUUUGAGAAAGUGUCAUGUUUCAAGCUACUGCAGUUCACUCUGAAGCUGAAUCACAGUGACACAUCAGAAACAUCUUCCUCAUGUCUCACUGUUGGUUUACUAAUAACGAUGGUCACAGACUGAGGUGAACGAACAAGAAUGGGAUAUUCAAUAGCUGAAAGUUUAAGACCAGUGAUCGUAUAAACACAUCUCUUGUUGUAAUGUCAGACUCAGAGGUAAAAGCACAAUGGUUAAUGUUUGUAAGCAGUCACGAUGUACAGAGUACAGACAGUUGCUGUAGGUCCAAAAAAAGAUCAGUGUGGGCACAUUUACAGGAGGAGAGGCAGAAGGCAGAUGUGAGGCAGAUUAGUCAUCAGAGAGGAUGAUGGGAAAAGAAUCUAUGUACAGCAGAUAUGCAGGCAGACAAGCUGACAGGAGGGAGUUGGUCAUGAGAAAUUUAAAACAGGUGUAGACAGGCACACAUAAUCAGACAGACGGGAGGAGAGAGGCAGCAGUGAAAGGCUAGAGAGUCAGCUAGGUACAACUGAAGAGGUAGACUGGGUAAACACAAAGCCAACUGCGGAAGGGACGGACAGCUAGCUACAGAUAUCAGACUGAUGUACUGCAUGUGAGAAGGCUGAAUCAAUCAAUUAAAGUCUGUUUGUUUUGGGCCGAAUUUUGUCCAGAUUCUCCAGGAAUAAGCACCUCCAUUUUAAAUGUACUGAUUUUUCAUGUUGAGUCUAUGACAAUAUUUUCCACUUUACAAAAAGCACCUGAUAAUGUGUGUGUGCAGGUACAGAGAAGGCUGAGGGUACAGGUGAGGUAGGUUAAUUGGGUCUUCGGGGAUCGGUGACAAAACAUAAACUAGAGAAAAACAUUUACAAUAAACACACUUCCUGUAACAUGUACUGAAGCAGAGACACUACAGGGGUGAAUAAGGUAAAAAAAAAAAA